AUGAAGCCCUCAAAAGAUAUCACGGUGGUUGGCAUGUCGUCGUAUAAUGAUCUCCACAUACCCAUGUCUGGAAGAGAUAAAUCUGUCAACAGUCAGUGCCCUGCUGGAAUGCUAUUCUACCGUUCUGCUCAGUGCAUUCCUCAGGACAACACACUCUACUCCUUCGCACCUUUUGAAUUCAAUCAAUCCCACACCUGCUAUCUCCAAUUCUUCAUCGGAGUCUCGCCAUGGCACGGCAUGAAGCAGACUGCGCAUGCAUGGGCAUCAAUCCCUCUUCACGAUAUUGGGACAUUUUUCAAGCUCAACCUGGACUUUCUCCACGCUGAAUUAACAUGCCAAAGAUUCUCGCCACAAAGCUCGCUGAGUGGUCCACAUCCCACGGGAAGUAGAACCGUGGCUCCGGACCGAGAAUCCUUCGUGAAUGGUACUGCGGAGUGGGAAGACAUCGGAAACAUCGGCUGCCUAAAACUCACGUCGAUUUGGGUGGCGAGGCAGUCGUCGAAAGGUUUUGCCUACCAGUAUGACUGGCGCCCCAUCUUCUUCUACAUGAUCGCGCGUUACUGGGAAGACGAUUCUAAUCUCUAUUUCUUCGACAACAUUAGGAAACUCGCUGUCGAUGCUGGUUUCACGAUUCUUUUCCCGGAUCCAAGAUUGCACAGGGAAGAGCCAGAUAAGCCGCAGAAGCCACAGAAGACGAGCAAACCCAGGAAGACUACAAUCGGAAGGGUAACAAAGCCAGAACAAUCGAAACGAGUGCUGCGGACGCUUGGCAGGAAUUCUCAUUCCAAAGCUCAAUAUAUACACACCAUUCACGACAGAUAUUGCUACACUUCAUCAAUCCGCAGGAAGGUUGCCGCCGCAUUUCCGGUCGCCAUGGUCAGGGGUCACAGAUCGACAAAGAAGCACCACAAGUCACGCUGCCCAGCUUCACAUGCAGGAAGCGUGACGCAAACUCACCUCACCUCACUUGCGCCAAGCUUUGCGGCCCGCUUAAUAGCUCCGCUCGCCAAUGCACUUGUUUUCUCACAAGCUCCGCCGCUUUCUUCGAGACUUCACACACAUCUCUUGCAAACUCGACGCGCAGCACCCAUCCUUGCACAACACCAAUACUGCCAACACGAGCAUACAGAGCAUUGCACACCACCAUCUGACACCACCUCGCGCGCUGCCAUGGCAUUCCGCGCGCUGCGCAAGACGCUGCCCGCUAUCUGCGGCGGCGCCUCGACAGCUGCCGGCAUCGGAUGGUACUUCACCAAGACUACACCAACCAGUCUACCAGCCUUCGAUACACCAAUCAUCGGCGACCAGUUUGAAGAAGCUGCGCCCUUGGUGACGACGACUACGUCACCGUUCGACGUGUGCUGGGCCUCGAGCGCCAGUGCCAGUGGCAAUGACAGCAUCUGCGCCUUGCCCCUCGACAGCAGCACUCCUCUCAUUCCGCCAUCCGCCCACAACGCUGUGCUGACUGCUCUCGCGACCUUCCUCCUGCUAGCGCUCCUCGAGAUCGCAGUUUACUAUCUCUUCGUCUUUGGUCCGCAACUCGAGCGAUACACUUCCCAAAAUGUCCCGCAUUCAGUUCGCUCUAUCCUCGCCACCGCCUCCCAGACUUACUACCGCUGCGCUGGAAUCGCCGAAAUCGCACUCCUCGCACUGAGCUCCUUGGGUGCUGUCAGCACCUCAAAGCUACCACUAUGGUUCCACUUGCUUAUUGUAGCUGGCGCCAUUCUCCACGGACUCUGGGACUUCGAGACUGAGCCUCUUCCUGACGUACUCGAACUCCAAGCACAGAAUUCAGACUUGCGCGUGAGAAUCGAGAAGCUGAAACAGCGCAACGGUGAAAUUGUCUCAUGGUCGGCCAAACUCACCUAUGCCCUCAAGGCGAAGAGCGAGACGAGGCUCACCAAGUUGGAACGCAACCACCAGAAGCAGAUGUCGGCGAGCGAGAAGCAACUUCAGGAAGCCACAUCAAAGGUCACGGAUGCUCUCAAAGUGAUCAAGGGCCAGGACAAUCUAAUUUCUUACCUCGAACAAUCUGCAACGACGAGCGACGCGGGUACCAUAGAAAGCUCGAGCAAGUUCAGUGGCCUCGCAGACACUACGAGUGAGCAUGUCGCGCCUAUCACUUCUGGCAAUAAUAGCAAUACCGUCCCACCGCUCCAAAGCACAAGCCCACCCACGCACUCCAACUCCAACCCAACGCCUCCAGCCCCUACCCCCGGCGUGGAGAGCACCAGCAUCCGCCCCCCUCCCGUCCCCUACCGCGAAAACCCAAACUCCUGGACCGAAAACCUCUGCAAGCAAGGCUCGGACUGCAUCGGUCUCUGGACCGACUACGACGCCACGGGAAAAUACAUCGGCAAGAACGCCGAGCAGCAGAGAUGGGGAAGCGGGUACAAACCCGUAGAGAACAAACUCGCCAAGAAGGCACGAGACAUGAAUCUCUGCUGCGAUUGUUUCAAAGCGCUUUGUUCGGAUCUGAUUGCUGAGAAGAAGGAGGAGUUUUUAAGGAGAGAGGGGGAGAAGACGGAGGAGCAGAGGGAGAGGGAUGUACAGAAGCAGGCGGCCAAGCAGGCGAAGAAGAGGGCGAGGAAGGCGGAGAAUAAGGCUUCUGCUGCUGCUGCUGCUGCUGAGGAGGAGGAGAAACGCUAUGAAAUUUUUUUUUUAAAUCUGUAUGAUGAUGAAAAAACAAAUCUGUACCAGAUCUCUACAGGAUUAGAAUGCACAAAAAGAAAAUCUGAUCCCUUUGGGGGUGACGAAAAGCAUUCUAGAAUGGAAUGGAAUGAAGAUAUUCACUCACGAGAGGGAGAGAGAGAGAGAGAGAGAGAAGUUCUUAAGCCGUAA